AUGCCACAGCACGAAUCCUAUGCAUACAGUACACACACCACUCAGUCUCCAUCUACCCCACGUAAACGUACCAGCGCGUCUAAUUUCGCUGACAGAUUCAUUCCUGCACGUAGCAGCGUCAGUAGAGAGGCUUAUACUCUCCAUGAUUCUGCACAAUCCCCAACCCACUUGCACUCCCCUUCUAAGAAACGCUCGACGUCUCUCCUCGACAGCCCCAACACUCCACGCGAACCGAAGCUGAUAGGUUUAGCUGGCGGUGAGGUGGAUGCAGUGAAUGAGGAAAGCAAUAGAACAUUUAGCAGUCUCCUCUCGAAUGAGUUGUUUGGCGGAGGAGCGAGUGGAACGAAUGGAUCAAAUACACAAACAGAGCCAAACACUCGCAACACGCAUAAUGCACCCACCACACCCACCACACCGACGACACCACGCAAAAUAUUCAACUACAUGCCUUCAUCACCCUCCUUAUCGUUAUCGCAAUCACAAUCCAGUGCACGCAGCAUCAGCACUCUCAGCGGGCUCGACAACGCCACCCACGAGCGCUACUCGACGUCGCCUGUGAAAAGUGCCAGCCACGUGCUACUCUCCUCGCCUCGCCACCUACGUAAAGUCCCAAAGCUGCCCUACAAAGUGCUCGAUGCGCCGGAGCUAGCCGACGACUACUACCUAAAUCUGCUUGACUGGUCAACGACGAACAUUCUUGCUGUAGCGCUAGCGUCAACAGUGUACAUAUGGAUGGCUGAGACUGGGCAAGUUAUGACGCUGUGCAAUGUACGUGACACACCAGCUGCGGCAGGAGUGAGUGAAGGCGAGCGGGAGAUGGAGUCAGUAAGCAGUCUCCGCUGGACGGACCGUGGCUCGCAGCUAGCUGUGGGGCUGCGCAGCGGCGGUGUGCAACUGUGGGAUGUACCUAGUGGUAAGCUCCUACGCGUGCUUGGUGGCCAUCGCAAUCGUACAGGCACUCUCACCUGGUCUGGAUGCAUGUUAGCAAGUGGGUCACGUGAUAAGAGCGUCCUUAUUCGUGACGUGCGCGUCCGUGAUCACUUCAUCCGUCGCGUCGCGGGUCAUCGUCAGGAAAUCACUGGAUUGGAGUACAGCCCGGCCGGUGAUAUGCUCGCAAGUGGCGGGAAUGAUAACAAACUUUUCGUGUGGUCUACACAAUCCUUCAAUUAUAUUCACAGAUACACGGAACACGAUGCUGCCGUAAAGGCUCUUAGUUGGAACCCACAUCAUAGAGGAAUUCUCGCGAGUGGUGGCGGUACCUCGGAUCGCAGGAUACUGUUCUGGGACGCACUUAGAGGCGAAAGACAUAGCGUGGGUGAUUGGGAUACCGGUAGUCAGGUCUGCAAGCUCUGGUUCAGCAAAAAUACACAGGAACUCGUCUCGACACAUGGCUACUCAGGAACCAGCCACCAGAAUCACAUAUCUAUCUGGAAAUACCCAUCUAUGUCGCAGGUAUCCACUCUCACUGGUCACACUUACCGCGUUCUCUACCUCGCUGCUAGCCCAGACGGCGAGACUAUCGUGACUGGCAGCGGCGAUGAGACUAUUCGCUUCUGGAAGGCUUUCCCGGCGGUGAGGAGUAGACGUCACAGCAAGUCUCACGGCGAUAGCGACCACGCCGCUCAUGAUGACUCUGAUAGCUCUUCUCUCAAUAUCAAGAAACUAAUAAGGUAG